AUGGACAUGGACAUGGACGUGGACGUGGACGUGGACGUGGACAUGGACGUGGACGUGGAAGUGGACGUGGACAUAGACGUGGACGUGGACGUGGACGUGGACGUGGACGAGGACAUGGACAUAGACGUGGACGUGGACGUGGACGUGGACGUGGACAUGGUCGUGGAUGUGGACAUGGACAUGGACAUGGACCUGGACAUGGACGUGGACAUGCACAUGGACGUGGACGUGGACAUGGACGUGGACAUGGACGUGGACGUGGACGUGGACAUGGACAUGGACAUGGACGUGGACGUGGACGUGUACAUGGACGUGGACAUGGACGUGGACGUGGACGUGGACAUGGACAUGGACGUGGAUGUGGACGUGAACGUGGACAUGGACGUGGACAUGGACGUGGACAUGGACGUGGACAUGGACGUGGACAUGGACGUGGACAUGGACGUGGACGUGGACGUGGACGUGGACGUGGACAUGGACGUGGACAUGGACGUGGACGUGGACGUGGACGUGGACAUGGACGUGGACGUGGACGUGGACAUGGACGUGGACGUGGACGUGGACGUGGACGUGGACAUGGACGUGGACGUGGACGUGGACAUGGACGUGGACAUGGACGUGGACAUAGACGUGGACGUGGACGUGGACGUGGACGUGGACAUGGACGUGGACGUGGACGUGGACGUGGACAUGGACCUGGACGUGGACGUGGACGUGGACGUGGACGUAGACGUGGUCGUGGAAGUGGACGUGGACAUGGACGUGGUCGUGGUCGUAGACGUAGACGUGGUCGUGGACGUGGACGUGGACGUGGAGGACGUGGACGUGGACGUGGAGGACGUGGACAUGGACGUGGACGAGGUUGUGGACGUGGAGGACUUGGACGUGGACAUGUACGUGGACGUGGACGUGGACGUGGACAUGGUCGUGGACGUGGACGUGGACGUUGAUGUGGACAUGGACGUGGACAUGGACGUGGACAUGGACGUGGACAUAGACGUGGACGUGGACGUGGACAUGGACGUGGACGUGGACGUGGACAUGGACGUGGACGUGGACGUGGACAUGGACGUGGACGUGGACGUGGACGUGGACAUGGACGUGGACGUGGACGUGGACGUGGACAUGGACGUGGACGUGGACGUGGACAUGGACGUGGACGUGGACGUCGACGUGGACAUGGACGUGGACAUGGACGUCGACGUAGACAUGGACGUGGACAUGGACAUGGACGUGGACGUGGACAUGGACAUGGACGUGGCGUGGACACGUGUCGUGGACGUAGACGUGGACGUGGACGUGGACGUGGACGUGGACGUGGACGUGGAGAUGGACAUGGACAUGGACAUGGACGUGGGCGUGGACGUGGACGUGGACGUGGACAUGGACGUGGACGUGGAAGUGGACGUGGACAUAGACGUGGACGUGGACGUGGACGUGGACGAGGACAUGGACAUAGACGUGGACGUGGACGUGGACGUGGACAUGGUCAUGGAUGUGGACAUGGACAUGGACAUGGACCUGGACAUGGACGUGGACAUGCACAUGGACGUGGACGUGGACAUGGACGUGGACAUGGACGUGGACGUGGACGUGGACAUGGACAUGGACAUGGACGUGGACGUAGACGUGUACAUGGACGUGGACAUGGACGUGGACGUGGACGUGGACAUGGACAUGGACGUGGACGUGGACGUGAACGUGGACAUGGACGUGGACAUGGACGUGGACAUGGACGUGGACAUGGACGUGGACGUGGACGUGGACGUGGACAUGGACAUGGACGUGGACGUGGACAUGGACGUGGACGUGGACAUGGACGUGGACGUGGACGUGGACAUGGACGUGGACGUGGACGUGGACAUGGACGUGGACAUGGACGUGGACAUGGACAUGGACGUGGACGUGGACGUGGACAUGGACAUGGACGUGGACGUGGACAUGGACGUGGACGUGGACGUGGACGUGGACGUGGACGUGGACAUGGACGUGGACGUGGACGUGGACAUGGACGUGGACAUGGAUGUGGACGUAGACGUGGACGUGGACGUGGACGUGGACAUGGACGUGGACGUGGACGUGGACAUGGACCUGGACGUGGACGUGGACGUGGACGUGGACGUGGACAUGGACGUGGACGUGGACGUGGACAUGGACGUGGACAUGGACGUGGACGUAGACGUGGACGUGGACGUGGACGUGGACAUGGACGUGGACGUGGACGUGGACAUGGACCUGGACGUGGACGUGGACGUGGACGUGGACGUGGACAUGGACGUGGACGUGGACGUGGACAUGGACGUGGACGUGGACGUGGACAUGGACGUGGACAUGGACGUGGACAUGGACAUGGACGUGGACGUGGACGUGGACAUGGACAUGGACGUGGACGUGGACAUGGACGUGGACGUGGACGUGGACGUGGACGUGGACGUGGACAUGGACGUGGACGUGGACGUGGACAUGGACGUGGACAUGGACGUGGACGUAGACGUGGACGUGGACGUGGACGUGGACAUGGACGUGGACGUGGACGUGGACAUGGACCUGGACGUGGACGUGGACGUGGACGUGGACGUAGACGUGGUCGUGGAAGUGGACGUGGACAUGGACGUGGUCGUGGUCGUGGACGUAGACGUGGUCGUGGACGUGGACGUGGACGUGGAGGACGUGGACGUGGACGUGGAGGACGUGGACAUGGACGUGGACGAGGUUGUGGACGUGGAGGACUUGGACGUGGACAUGUACGUGGACGUGGACAUGGUCGUGGACGUGGACGUGGACGUUGAGGUGGACAUGGACGUGGACAUGGACGUGGACAUGGACGUGGACAUAGACGUGGAAGUGGACGUGGACAUGGACGUGGACGUUGACGUGGACAUGGACGUGGACGUGGACGUGGACAUGGACUUGGACGUGGACGUGGACGUGGACAUAGACGUGGACGUGGACGUGGACGUGGACAUGGACGUGGACGUGGACGUGGACAUGGACGUGGACGUGGACGUCGACGUAGACAUGGACGUGGACAUGGACGUGGACGUGGACGUGGACAUGGACAUGGACGUGGCGUGGACACGUGUCGUGGACGUAGACGUGGACGUGGACGUGGACGUGGACGUGGACGUGGACAUGGACAUGGACAUGGACAUGGACGUGGACGUGGACGUGGACGUGGACAUGGACGUGGACGUGGAAGUGGACGUGGACAUAGACGUGGACGUGGACGUGGACGUGGACGUGGACGACGACAUGGACAUAGACGUGGACGUGGACGUGAAAGUGGACGUGGACAUGGUCGUGGAUGUGGACAUGGACAUGGACAUGGACCUGGACAUGGACGUGGACAUGCACAUGGACGUGGACGUUGACAUGGAUGUGGACAUGGACGUGGACGUGGACAUGGACGUGGACAUGGACAUGGACGUGGACGUGGACAUGGACGUGGACGUGGACAUGGACGUGGACAUGGACGUGGACAUGGACGUGGACAUGGACGUGGACAUGGACGUGGACAUGGACGUGGACAUGGAAAUGGACGUGGACGUGGAUGUGGACAUGGACGUGGACGUGGACGUGGACAUGGACGUGGACGUGGACGUGGACGUGGACGUGGACAUGGACGUGGACGUGGACGUGGACAUGGACGUGGACAUGGACGUGGACGUAGACGUGGACGUGGACGUGGACGUGGACAUGGACGUGGACGUGGACGUGGACAUGGACCUGGACGUGGACGUGGACGUGGACGUGGACGUAGACGUGGUCGUGGAAGUGGACGUGGACAUGGACGUGGUCGUGGUCGUGGACGUAGACGUGGUCGUGGACGUGGACGUGGACGUGGAGGACGUGGACGUGGACGUGGAGGACGUGGACAUGGACGUGGACGAGGUUGUGGACGUGGAGGACUUGGACGUGGACAUGUACGUGGACGUGGACGUGGACGUGGACAUGGUCGUGGACGUGGACGUGGACGUUGAUGUGGACAUGGACGUGGACAUGGACGUGGACAUGGACGUAGACAUAGACGUGGACGUGGAGGUGGACAUGAACGUGGACGUGGACGUGGACAUGGACGUGGACGUGGACGUGGACAUGGACAUGGACGUGGACGUGGACGUGGACAUGGACGUGGACGUGGACGUGGACGUGGACAUGGACGUGGACGUGGACGUGGACAUGGACGUGGACGUGGACGUCGACGUAGACAUGGACGUGGACAUGGACGUGGACGUGGACGUGGACGUGGACGUGGACAUCAACGUGGACGUGGACGUGGGCGUGGACGUGGACAUGGACAUGGACGUGGACGUGGACAUGGACGUGGACGUGGACAUGGACGUGGAGGUGGACGUCGACAUGGACGUGGACAUGGAAGUGGACGUGGACGUGGACGUGGACGUGGACGUGGACAUGGACGUGGACGUGGACGUGGACAUGGACGUGGACGUGGACGUGGAUAUGGACGUGGACGUGGACGUGGACGUGGACCUGGACGUGGACGUGGACAUGGACGUGGACGUGGACGUGGAUGUGGAGGACUUGGACUUGGACAUGGACGUGGACGUGGACGUGAACAUGGACGUGGACGUGGACAUGGACGUAGACAUGGACGUGGACGUGGACGUGGACGUGGACAUCGACGUGGACGUGGACGUGGGCGUGGACGUGGACAUGGACAUGGACGUGGACGUGGACAUGGACGUGGACGUGGACAUGGACGUGGACGUGGACGUGGACGUAGACGUGGACAUGGACGUGGACGUGGACAUGGACGUGGACAUGGACGUGGACGUGGAGAUAGACGUGGACAUGGACAUUGACAUGGACGUGGACGUUGACGUGGACAUGGACGUGGACAUGGACGUGGACAUGGACGUGGACGUGGACAUGGACGUGGACGUGGACAUGGACGUGGACGUGGACGUGGACGUGGAUGUGGACGUGGACAUGGACGUGGAACUGGACGUGGACAUGGACGUGGAUAUGGACGUGGACAUGGACGUGGACAUGGACGUGGACGUGGACAUGGACGUGGACAUGGACAUGGACGUGGACAUGGACGUGGACGUGGAUAUGGACGUGGACGUGGACAUUGACGUGGACGUGGACGUGGGCGUGGACGUGGACAUGGACAUGGACGUGGACGUGGACAUGGACGUGGACGUGGACAUGGACAUGGACGUGGACAUGGACGUGGACAUGGACGUGGACAUGGACGUGGAUGUGGACAUGGUAGUGGACGUGGACGUGGACAUGGACAUGGACGUGGACGUGGACAUGGACGUGGACGUGGACGUGGACGUGGACGUGGACCUGGACGUAGACGUGGACGUGGACAUGGAUGUGGACGUGGACGUGGAGAACUUAGACGUGGACAUGGACGUGGACGUGGACGUGGACAUGGACGUGGACAUGGACAUGGACGUGGACAUGGACGUGGACGUGGACAUGGACGUGGACGUGGACUUGGACAUGGACGUGGACGUGGACGUGGACGUGGAUGUGGACGUGGACAUGGACGUGUACGUGGACUUGGACAUGGACGUGGACAUGGACGUGGACAUGGACGUGGACAUGGACGUGGACGUGGACAUCGACGUGGACAUGGACGUGGGCGUGGACGUGGACAUGGACAUGGACGUGGACAUGGACGUGGACGUGGACAUGGACGUGGACGUGGACGUGGAUGUGGAGGAGUUGGAUGUGGACAUGGACGUGGACAUGGACGUGGACGUGGACGUGGACGUGGACAUGGACGUGGACGUGGACGUGGACGUGAACAUGGACAUGGACAUGACGUGGAUGUGGACGUGGACGUGGACAUGGACGUGGACAUGGACGUGGACGUGGACGUGGACAUGGACGUGGACAUGGACGUAG